AUGCUAUCUUCAGGCACGCUCAAUUUGAAGUUUAUGAAAAGGAAUCUAGUCACCACAACGAAUCCCAUCACAGAUGAGAAAGUUGAACAUUCAAUUAAUUCUGAAAGAUCUGAUUCAUAUAAUUUAGUCGAUCGUAAAGGAAAACAAAAAGAAAUCCAAACAAAGGUGGUGUAUGAAGACUCUUUAAUGAGUUUUCCUGUAUUACAUCCUUUUGGUUCAUUCUCAUCAUCCAAAGAAACUUCUAUGUCUACAUUUGCUGGUAGAAGAAGUUUUGGAAACUUUAAUAGUGCAGUUGAACAAUUAGGACAACCUAUCAUCAAGCCUUCCACAUCUUUAGCCGCUGCUCAACAAUCAUCACAACCUUCUCGACCUCAAGACACACAACAGUCUAGCUCGACAAAAGUGAAGCGUAAACCAGUCAAUCCAUCGCAAGACAAGCCAGCACGAAGUCAACCAAAACCUCCGAUAGCCUCCCAAGCUAAAGUAACAAAUGAGAAACCUACCAAAGAGAUUCCUAAGACCAGUGGAUUUCAAAAACCAUUUCAAAGUACUCAAAUCAAAUCGAAUCCGAAAAAACGAAGUACCAGCGAAACUCAAUCGACUUCUGAUCUCACAUCCACUUCUCAAUCAAGUAAAAAAAGAAAAUCACAAACACCUAGUACUUCACAAAAAGGAAAACCAAAACUUUCAAAAGAACUUCAAUCGGGUAGUAGCUCAGAGGAGAGUGAAACGGUUCAUCGUGAGAUCGAACCUCACAAGCUUCACCAGAGCUCCUGCAAAGCACGCGAAGAUCUUUUGCAAAAUUUCACUCAAAAGAGAUCAGAGGAAAUCGAGUGA